AUGGGGGACCUCGAAAUGGGAGACAGGAAUCAGAAGAAAAAGAAGGAAGAGAGUUUGCAGGACACAGAAUAUCGACCGGUUAACUGGAAGAAGUUAUUGCUAUCACCGAAAUACAUACCAUGGCAUAUUCUCGGAAUCGCCAUUGCCGUGAUCACCGUUCUAAUCACAAUACACCACGAUCAGGUCGUCGAUAAAUUACGGCCAUUUGGCGAAAAGGUUCGAGAUAUCCCAGCAGGCUGGUUGAUUCCGAUCGCCAUCCUAAUUGUCAUAUCAUUCCCGCCUCUGUUCGGCCACGAAAUCAUCGCGCUACUUUGCGGUGUGAUUUAUGGGCUAUGGAUUGGAUUCGGCAUCGUCGCUGCCGGCACUUUCUUUGGCGAAGUUGGGACAUGGUUUGCAUUCAAGUAUGCGUUGCGGAGGAGAGCACAGAAACUCGAGAGGACGAAUCUUAACUACGGUGCACUUGCGCGACUGACCCGUGACGGCGGAUUUUGGAUUGUGCUGGUCAUUCGCUUCUCAGUCAUUCCCUCGCAUUUCUCCACGGCCGUCUUCUCGACCUGCGACGUCAACUUCUGGUACUUCGCUAUUGCCACGUUUUUGACAUUGCCCAAGCAGAUUAUUCUUGUCUAUUUCGGAGUAUUGCUAGUACAGGAGAGCGGAAGCGAUUUGAUCAAAGACGUCGUCCUCGGCAUCACCUUCCUCAUCACCAUUGUCCUGGCAGUCUGGAUUUGGUUCAAGAUGAAGACCAUCAAGAAGAUCCUGCUCGACGAGCAGGCGGCCAGAAAAGCCAACCUCGAGAUGGAGCGUCUGAAGGAGGCCGAAGCGGCCGCGCAGAGACCCCAAAGAGACUUUGCGUAUGGUGAACAAGCGCCGAAUCCCGGACCGCCUCAAUAUUCCCAGAACGAAGAGUCGUAUGACGAGUCUGCCAGCUUGAGAGCUCCACCGUAUCCGCAAGACCCGAUGCCCUACGAUGGGCGGGGUCACUUCGACAUGCCGUCGUACCCUCCAAAUCAUAGGCGAUACGACGAAGCUCCGAACCUUGGACCGACGCACCAUCCACAGAAUUUCAUUUGA